AUGUCAGAAGACGAGCAAGCUUUCUCCAACCCACCUUCCCCACUCUACCUCGACUCCUCCCCCAACGACGACCCCCAACAAAGCGAAGCCUCCACCAACUCCGGCUCCAGAUCCCCCUCCACCUACUCCGACCCCGGAUCUGACGUUUACGGACAAGAAGACCUCUCCAAGCUCGAAUACCACCUCGACCCCGAGAGCGACAUUCCCCUCGCCAACCAGCUCCGGGCCAUGACAACUCACUUAAAUACUGCCCUCCAGCUCCACACUGACAUGUCGCGACAAGAGCGCAGGGAUUUCAUUCUCAGUAAGGUCGAGAGUAGCCUGUCGUGCGCAGGGAUUGAAGGGCUCGAGGUGGAUAUGAAAGACGAGGUCGAAGCCCUCGCCGCAGGAGAAGUUUCAGCCUGGUGGAAGAAGAAGAACAAGAAGAAUGAAGCGGAUGUCGAAGCGCAGAAGUACCUGUCGUGGGGUCAUAUCUUCGUCCAUUUCCUUGAUCCUCUUGGCAAUGCAUUCGAGCCUUCUGGUGUCAGUACCGCUGCAUUGUAA